AUUUCUGUAAGCGCGGCUCUUCAGCCUCAGUGAAGUGGAGAGAGGGGACGACAGCUGGCAUAGGCAGUCCACUCGGUCCAGCUGUGGCUCUGGAGAGAGAGAGAUGGAGAAAGAGAGAGAGAGAGGGGGAUGGAAAGAGGACUUCGGCUCUAAUGAAGAAAUGAACGUCAUCGACACCAUUACAUCUACCUCCAGCCGCAGCCCAAGAUGCCAGGGGGAUAAAUCCCACCGCUGAAUCCAGGAGAGCCUGGAAUAUGUGAACAUGGCCUUCAUAAGAAGCUUCAGUACCCAACAGCCCUUCGCCGAUCCUCUCCUCGCGGCACAAACGCAGACGAAGCCAGGCAAGGAACGAACUCACCGUUGCUUUGAGUGCGGGAAGAGUUUUACCCGGCAGAGCACUCUACAACGACACCAGCUCAUCCACACGGGGGAGAAGCCGUUCUACUGCUCCCAGUGCGGGAUGAGCUUUAACGUCCAGAGUAACCUCCAAACGCACCAGCGCAUCCACACCGGAGAGAAGCCGUACUGCUGCGCCGAGUGCGGGAAGAGCUUUACUCGCCAGAACGUUCUCCAGAGACACCAGCGCACUCACACGGGAGAGAAGCCGUAUCACUGUUCGGAGUGUGGAAGGAGUUUCAAUCAGCACAGUCAUCUCCAGCUACACCAGCGCAUUCACACAGGCGUGAAGCCGUACGACUGCUCGGAGUGCGGGAUCAGUUUCACUAGACUGAGUCACCUCCAGAGACACCAGCGCAUUCACACAGGGGAGAAGCCUUAUUACUGCUCGGAGUGCGGGAAGAGCUUCAGACAUUCACAUACUUUAAAGAUACAUAAGAAAGUAGGAAGCAUGGAGAAAACUCAGCACUGCUCAGAGUGUGGGAGGAGUUUUACUGCAAAGAGUGACCUCCAACAACACCAACGCAUUCACACCAGAGAGAGGCUGCAUCGCUGCUCGGAGUGUGGGAGGAGUUUUGCUCUGAAGAUCACUCUUAAACGACACCAGCGCAUCCACACAGGAGAGAGGUUGCGGGACUGCUCGGAGUGCGGGAAGAUUUUCACCACGGAGAACAACCUCAAGCAGCACCAGCGCGUUCACACCGGAGAGAGGCCGUAUUAUUGCUCAGAGUGCGGGACGAGUUUUACGACUGAGAACAACCUGAAGCGACACCAGCGCAUUCACACGAGAGAGAGGCCGUACGACUGCGUGGAGUGCGGCAGGAGUUUUGCUCAGCAGGUUCACCUCCAGCGACACCAGCUCGUCCACACAGGAGAGAAACCGUAUCAGUGUUCGGAGUGCGGGAUGAACUUCACUAGAAAAUGUCAUCUCCGACGGCACCAGCGCAUUCACACCGGAGAGAAGCUGUAUUGCUGUUCAGAGUGCGGCAAGAGUUUCACUCAACAGAGCACUCUCCAAAACCACUCGCGCAUCCACACAGGAGUGAAGCCGUAUUACUGCUCAGAGUGCGGGGAGAGUUUUACUCGACACAGUUACCUCCGACAGCACCAGCUCGUUCACACAGGAGAGAGGCCUUGUGGCCAUUCGGAGUGUGAGGAGAGCUGUACUUUAAAGAAUAAUCUCCGGGAACGCCGGCACAUUCAUGCUCGAGAGAAGCCGUAUCACUGCUCAGAGUGUGGAAAGACAUUUACUAGACAUUAUACUCUCCAGAGACACCAGAACGUUCACACGGGACAGACAUAAUUACUGCUCAGAGUGUGACAAGUCAAGUCAGAGUUUAUUUAUAUAGCGCUUUUUACAACAGGCCUUGCCACAAAGCGUCUUGGAUGCUGGAUCGGCCUCUUGACCAGUUCAUGUAAUAGGCAGUUCGUGGUUUCGAUGGGAAAUCAUUCAACAAAAAGAUCUGGCAUUUCUUGCGGCGUGCCUCAAGGUUCAGUUUUAAGGCCUUUGCUUUCCUCCUCUAGGUGACGUCAUUAGGAAACAUAAUACAAAUUUUUCAUAGCUGUGCUGACGACACCCCCUUAAACAUUUCCAUUCCGUCUGGUGAUCAAGACUCUGUAGACAGACUGACCAGCUGGGUGUCUGAUAUUUCUCAGUGGAUGUCACAAAACUUUCUGCAGAAAGAACUUUCUACGAAAAAACGGAAAUAUUGAUUAUUGCUACAGAAACUCAGAGAAAUCUGCUUAAUGAGAAACCUCGCUCUUUAGCUUCCUAUACCAAACCUGAAACCUGGGUGUGAUGUUAGACUCUUAGCUCUGUUUUAUCUGCAUGUAAACAAAGUCACUAAAGUGGCUUUUUAUCAUUUGAGAAAUUUCAAUAAAGUUCAGCCUUUUCUCUCUCAGAGCG